CCUCAUACAUCAGGAACCAUGGUCUCCUCGUUUGCGUCAAAAAAUGACCAUCUCUUUCCAAAAGUGAAGGUGUUAAUGUUGGGGGACGCAGGUGUUGGCAAGACUUCAAUAUCCCGGCGAUUAACGGAAGAGGAAUUCCAUCCUUCUUACGUCCACACUGUUGGGAUCGACUUUUUUGAAAAGGCCAUUCAAAUCCAUGACCAAAUUGUUCGAUUACAACUUUGGGACACGGCAGGACAAGAGAGGUUCCACUCUUUGAUUCGGCCUUACUAUCGAGGGGCAUCAGGCGUGGUUCUGGUGUACGAUGUGACGGAUCGAAAUAGUUUCAACAACAUUCAAGAAUGGAUGGAAACCCUAAGAGAAAAUCUCAAUUUGGGCCAAAUCACGGAUACUUUAAUCAUGGGAAAUAAAACAGAUCUAGUCGGCCGCAGAGUUUCUAGCGCAGAAGGAAGGACUCUAGCCCAGAGACAAAACUGUGCAUUCGCCGAAGUUUCAGCCAAGGAUGGGAACAAUCUUGAAACCUCAUUCAUGGGACUGGCUCAAAGGAUCUGGAACCGCCGAAUUUCGACUGUUGAGAGAGGAGGUUCACCUGGACACCAGACUAGGUUCGAGACAAUUGAAUUGAACGCGAUCCCUCUACAUCACCCCUAUCAAAAUAAGUGUUGUAGAAAAUGAGCCUGGUCGGCUGAAAAUAAAUGUGCUAAUUUGUUAACAACUUUUCACAACAAUUUCUUUUAUUACGCACUUGAAAAAUGAACAGGAGAAAGUAAGUAGGGCAAAUACUUACUACUGGAAAAGGAAAAAAAAAGCAUGUUAUUUUCAAAUGAAUAUUUCUAUGUUAAAUUUGAAUACUGCAGUUUAAAUAUAUUGUAAGAAGACUAUAGGAGUGUCCUCGAAA